UGGCAACAUUCAAGGGCUAAUUUUGCAACUAUCCUUGCUUUUUGUUGCCGGUUACGCGUGCGGCAUACGGCUGGUUCUGUUCAGUAUUUCGGUGGACAACCUCUCUACUUUCUGUAGUAGAGCACUUUAGUUACUAUAACUAUGGGAGGCAUAUAUUCUCGUCUCACGAGCCCGAUUCGCAAAUAUAAUAUCGAGAAUCGUGCACAUAAAAUAAUUUCGAAAGAGAAACCAAUAGCUGCACCUCAAUUUCCCUCGGUAGCCCAGCAAAAAGAAAUUGUAGAUAAAUUACAUCCUGAUUUUAUGGAUACUGCUUACAAAAAGGAUACGCAGUUGGAUGAACGCUUAAAAAGUGUCUAUGUCUCAUCCAUUGGUUCAGAGAAUAAAUCAAUGGUGACGGAUGCAAGUUCAACCAGGCCUUUACCACGAGAAACAUCUGAUUAUCGUGAAUCUGAAGAUGGAUACCGUGAUCCGAUUGUAGUACCUGAGGGUAAAUGUUCCACAAGGCAAGCUGUGACUUUUCUUAAAAAGUACAAAGAAAAGUUUCCUGAAUAUACUGCAGAACAAAUAGCUCUCGAGUAUAAGCUAGACAAACAAGUAGCAGAAAAUAUUGUGGAGCAUUUUAGAAUUCCUGGAACUAUGCAUAUAGAUACAAAAGAUAAGUAUAAGUCACCAUUGGAAAUGGUGUUAAAGGCUAAUGAUCCAUAAGCAUUUAAAGGAUGAUGAUGAGCAAAUAGUAAUUUAUUAGACACUGUAAGAAAUGCAUUUAAUGUGAUUCAAUUGGCCCUAUCCUAAAUUGUAUAAUGUGUAAUUUACUUUUAUACAUUAAAUUACACUUAUAA